AUGGCUGUUUCGGACUGGAAGAGGGCGCUGGGUUUCUCGGAUAGACUAACAGCAAUUCAGUCACUUACUACCGCCUACCAACGAGGCUCAUCCUCUGCUGCAUUCGCUGAGGCUCAGUCCCAGGCGAGGAGAUGUGAAAACGAAGCUUAUGAUCAAGCUACCUCACGAGAAGAAUAUGAUAAGCUUUGCCAGGAAGCCAUCGAUGCAGCAGAGGCCAUUGAAUCUGUCACUGUUGUCGAUAACUGUCUUGAUAAUUUUCUCUAUGAGCCAAACAAGUCUACUCCGGGCAAAGGCGAGGUGAUUGGUCCAUAUCAAUCGUGCUUUCAUCACUUCGACGGUCUUCAUUCGACUGUCUACAAAUCGCGGCGGGCAGACAACACCGUCGUCGCGCUUAAGGUUCUCGUACCACAUCUGUUGGUCCAACCACACAACGCUACACGUGAGGUGGAGCUGCUGCGAGAAGCAGCUCAUCCUCAUGUGGUUCAGUUGAUAGAAACACUCAAAUUAGACGGAGGACGCCUGGUUUUAGUUUUCCCCUUCAUGAAGCACGAUUUCGAACAGCUGCUCCGUCGGGGUGCAUUAACGGCAACGCAGACAAAAUCUCAUCUGGGAGACAUGUUCCGUGCAUUGGGACAUUGUCAUCAGCUGGGAAUUAUACAUCGGGAUAUCAAGCCAUCCAAUAUUUUGAUGAACUCACCCGAUGGACCUGCCUACCUGGCAGACUUCGGCAUUGCUUGGCAAAAGGGGAGCAAGGGCUCGGAGCCAGCCGAAAAAAAGAUCACCGAUGUGGGGACCACCUGUUAUCGGCCACCGGAGAUUCUUUUUGGCUACACGGGGUACGGAAACACUCUUGAUCUUUGGGCAGCUGGAUGUGUCGUGGCCGAGGCUCUGUCAGUAGGUCAUCAUCAGUUAUUCGACUCCGGGCCUGUUGGAAGUGAUCUGUCACUUAUUCAGUCUAUUUUCGUCACUUUGGGCACGCCAGAUGAGGAUACUUGGCCUGAAACCAAGAAUCUCCCUGAUUGGGGAAAGAUAGAGUUCAAGAAAUAUCCUGCCAAGCAAUGGGAUGAGAUCAUAAAAGGAGCCUCAUCCAAAGGACGUGACUUGGUCAGCAAAUUAGUCCGAUAUGAAAGUGCCGAGCGACUACCUGCUGAACAGGCGCUGAAACACCCGUACUUCUCAAGUGUCUGA